CCAAGAUGGCGCAGGGCGCUGAGGCGAGUUCCGGUGCCGCCAUGGCGCCGACGCGGCUGGAGCUGAACCUGAUGCGGCUCCUGAGCCGGUGCGAGGCGCUGGCGGCGGAGCGGCGGGACCCCGAGGAGUGGCGGCUGGAGAAGUAUGUGGCUGCUCUGGAGGACAUGCUCCGGGAGCUGAAGAAGCAGUCCAGCAAACCAGCCCCCGAGCUGCUAAAUGAAUACUCUCGCAAAGUGGACUUCCUAAAGGGACUUCUAGAAGCUGAAAAAUUGCCUUCCUCAACGGAAAAGGCUCUGGCAAACCAGUUCCUGGCCCCUGGACGCACCCCUACGACAGCCAAGGAGAGAACCCCGGCCACCAAAACCGUCCACCUGCAGACCAAGGCGCGGUGCACGGGCCAGAUGAGGAGUGAGCUGCUUGGCACAGACCCCCUGGCUACUGGUGAUUCUGAGGAGUUGAGCUUAAGGAAGCGAAAAGGCCUCCCAUCRGAUGAGAAGCAGUCAGCAGUGGAGCUGGAUGCCGUGCUGCAGCACCACCAGGACAUGCAGGAGAAGCUGGCUGAGGAGAUGCUCAGCUUGGCUCGAAGCCUCAAAAACAACACUCUGGCUGCCCAGAACGUGAUCAAACAGGACAACCAGACUCUGUCACACUCCCUCAGGAUGGCAGACCAGAACUUUGAGAAGCUCAAGGACGAAUCUGACCGUCUGGAGCAGCACGCCAAGAAAUCCGUCAACUGGCUGCUGUGGAUAAUGUUAAUUGUAGUUUGUUUUAUAUUCAUCAGCAUGAUUCUCUUCAUCAGGAUUUUUCCCAAACUGAAAUGAUUCUAUUUAGUUUUAUUUUAAGCUGCCAGCAGGGCGGUGGGGAAGCUCAGCUGGUGUGAGAACUGUCACAGUCAAUGUCCUUAAAGGGGCUGCCCAAGGCCUACCCUUGCAUCUCCUCCUUGUGCAGGCAGUGGAGGGUUUCAUGAGGAASGUUUUCCACACCCAGAUACUUGUUUACUUGGUGAAUAUUGUUUCCUAUUGAGGAGAGAGCUGAGAAUUUACUCUGAGCUGCUAACAAGUUCUUUAGUGGAUAAAUACAAUUCUUUUUAAUGUGGUUGUGACAAAUGUUAUGACUUCUAAAARGCAUUUAGUCAAUGCAAAUUUAAAUAACAGUUGAGGUCUUACACCCUUUCCUGUCUUCACAGCUUUUCUGUAUUGACUUAGGAGCUUGCUGCCAACAGGAUAUUUAAUUUCARUUCUGUACAUACACAGCUGCAGGUGCAGGAAGAGAAUUCUGCUGUUCAGGUGCUUGCCUGGCUCAGAGUCAGAGUCAGAGUAUCAACAGGUAAAACUCUUCUCAGGCUCACCUUUUUCCCAGAUGGGAAUUUGGGACUUURGAAUUUACCAUCUUCUCCAGUUUAGACUUACUAUAGGACUGGAUUUGCUUUUURUGCAAUGUKURUUUCUCUUUUGUAUGUGCAAAUGUUCCUACUUCUCAUUGUUGUGUUGAUGCCGUUGCKUGAAGGAAACACUGUGACCCUGCCACCUUAGAACUGUACACACAGUGCUGCAGGUGGCACAGACCUCACCUGUGCAAACAUGUUUGCAAUGUAAGAUGAGGGCAAAGGAAGGUGGUGUCUUCAAGAUGGAAAUAAUAAUAAUUUAAAAAAUACUCAGUCUUUCCUUUUGAGACAAAUUGUUCRUUCUAAAUGUUGUCUUAAGAGUUCACUAAAAUAGAGAAAAAAUAAAUGAAUAUUUUUAAAACACUGCUGCUGCUAGAAAAACUUGGAGACUGCAGUAAAGCAGGRUUUGUGUGACACCUUAAGAGUCUUUGUAGGUGCUUGUGAUAAGCUGAAAGGAAACCCUUCUGCAUCCCUGCUGGUGUUUGUGGAGUUGUGCUCUGGAAGGUGUUCAGGUGGGCAGCAGGUGACCCUGGCUGUGCUUUGGAUUGGAACCACCAGAUGGGUGUGCCAGGCCUGGCUGCUGAUCUAGGGCCAGGGGAAGGUGGGGACAGAGCUGUUUGUCACAACUGGGCUCUUAGGAAAAUCCGGCUUUGCUUUGAACACAUCCCAAAGCACCAAGCUCUGUGUCAGAGCUGUGCUCUAUUCUGUACAAACCCAUUGCUGGUAAUGGAGACAGUUCACAUUUUUUACACAAAGUUUUUCUGCUCAUUUAACAGGAUGUUUGCAAGUUAGCAUGUCRCUCACUUAUGGAUUAUUAAAUUAAUAUAUUAUGGGGUACAGCUUUUAAUUCCAGCUACUUGGAUAUCUGGGAUAUGCUCCUUCUGUUCAAACUUGUUACUUACCUUGAACUUCAGAGAAAUUUAUAGUUGUGGCAAUCCAUUUGUGGAUAUUUCUACUUUGCUCAGUUGUUUGUCUUUAACUGUAUGUAAUGUUGGACAUUUCACUGUUGUUCAUUAGUCAAUGCUGUGUCACCAAAUUACUUUUCAGUUGUAAUUGUUUACUACUUUCCCUGCAGGCAUUUCAGUGCCGAGCUCUUCACUUAGAGGCUGAAUGUGGUGUUGGAAUGGUUUUUGUAUGUGAGAUUUUGGGAUGCAACAUUAAUGCUUCAUUGUCCAUAACGUUUUCCUCUUUAUUACUUGAAAUAAAUUAUUUUUUCUAGCUUG